AAAUCGUACCUAUAAUAGUCUCUUCUUUUCCAGCGGGCUUGACACAUUAUUGCCGUAUAGUGUCACGCAGUUUUACUCGUGUAUGUGUGAAGUGUGCAAUCCUAAAACGCACGUAUUACGCGUGUAUCAUUGGUAUAUAUAUAUACAGUCCAUGCCGGACCGGGACUCUGAACUCCGACUUGAAUACUCGCACACACAUGUAGUCACAGCAGCAGCAGCAGCAGCAGCAGAAGCAACACACAUACUUCGAUACUUACCUGCGUGUAUCGAAAAUCACGCGUAGGCUGCUUAGCUGCUGCGGCGAAAGCGCGUGUGCUAAUAUUCGCAGUGUCGCCUCCCCCUCCGGAAAAAUUGACGCGCCAGGAUCCCGAUGAGUAUUAUCGUCUGCAGCUGUUGUGGGCCAGAUAAAGCUGCUGCAGUCGAGCGGUCGCGAUAAAUCCUAUUUUUCACGUGCACAGUCUACCUCGUCGAUUAUCGUUGUCGUCAUCAUGGCGAUGGCAAAGCUGAAGAACUUCAUCGACACGAGCCUGAAGACGGUGUCGCAGCCGAUCGAACGAGCCACGGGCGGUCCUCUGGAGCCCGAGGUCGGACUCAGGAUCGUGCACUCGGCCGACGAGAAGAAUCUCAGGGUGACGGUGCUGGGCGCCCGACACCUGCCUCAGAACUUCGGCCUGACGCGAGUCAACAGUUACAUAGUCAAGGUGAAACUUCUUCCGGGCAAGGAAAAGUUCGAAACGACGGCGCGCAACGAGUCGUGGCCUCAGUGGAACGAGGAGUUCUGCUUCCCGCUGCGCAAAGAGACCAAGGCCAAGAAGUUCGGCAAGACGAAGGUCGUCGAGGAGGAGAUCGGUGCCUCGAAGAUCAUCGUGGCGACGUUAUACGCGGUGUUGGAGGACAAGCCGCUGAUAGCCACCGAGAAGAAGGAGAACGACAAGGAUAACAAAGCGAAAGAGUCCAAGAGCCUGUUCCCCGUCAAGGGCGGCAAGAAGGAGAUCGGCGGCAGCAGCUCGGCCCAGAUCCAGGAGCAGAAGGAGCUGAACCAGCAUCAGUCGCUCAACAGCCGAGGCACCAAGCUCCUCAGCCAGAUAUUCGGCAACAAGAGCUCCGACAAGAUAAGCAGCGGCGAGGACAACACCUCCUCGUCUACGAAGUCCGGAUCGACGGGAUUGACGCGCUAUCAGGAGCAGCGCAAGGCCUUCGCUCAGAGGCGCACGAUCGGCGCCACCUCGGUACCCCUGGAUCCGCGCAACUUCACGAGCAAACCGGCCAAGGCCAAGCAUCCGUCGGACGUGUCGACCGGGGACAUGUGGAGGACGCUGAAGCCGAUAUCCAGUGGGAUUUCCGGCGCCGAGGAACGGCGAGAGAACAAAAAGGGCCAAGUGGAGAUCUCGCUGCUGCAGGAGAAGAGCGGCGACAAGAAGGAUGGCGAGUCCGCGGGUCGCCUCGUGCUCACCCUGAUGCGGCUGCGCUGCUCGCUCCAGUCGAUGCACGAGCACGAGGCCCUCAAGGGCCAGAUGUACAUCAAGAUGUCGGUGGUCGACGCCGGCCGAGUCACGCACUUCUGGAAGAGCGACCGUUUCGCUCCGAGCGUCUCGAUGAAGUUCGACGACAAGCAGGCGCAGGUCGCCGCCGAGAAUCCGUACGCGGGCGCCCUCAAGGACGUCAGCUUCGUCGUCAAGUUCGUCUCGAAGAACAAAAUUGGCAAAAAAGUCACCGUCGGACACUUCGUCAUCGGGCCGGAGGUCGGCGGCACGUACGGCGAGCAAUGGAAGCAAGCCCUGGCGAAACCCGGACACGCGGUCGUCAAAUGGCAGCCCUUCGAGUGAUUUAUGCGCUCUUCGCUACGUUUUUAAAUGCCAAUUUUUAUCUAUUACCACCGGUUCAAUUUUCAAAUUUGUUCGAUGUACAAAUUUAAACUAAUUGUACCAUAAUUAUUAUUAUAAUAUUGACGAGAUGUGUAAGCGCGCGAACACGCAUGUAUCGAAUUUUACUUAUUAUAUUAUACACGAAAUGACAGAGUUAUAAUUUUUAAUAUUAUAAUAUUUCGUUGACGCUCUGACGAUGUAGUAGGCAAAGUUUACUUCGACGCGAAGGAUAAAAAGUAUAUAUGUAUAGUCGGUAAUCGAGCCACCCGUCCAAUACGCGACGUUUAACGAGUGUACUAAAAAAACGUACAAUGAAUUGUGAAUAUUUUUUGCAAGAUUUUAUAGAAAAAUACUCGAGUCGGAUGAGAAUCUGUUGCAAUUGUUUGUUUUUUUUUGUUAUGAAAUAUUCGUUAGAGUUAGUGAAGCAGUUCGUUUUCGUAUCGAUUCACUCUUUAAUUGAUUUUUAAUCACUCAAUCAAGUACAAAUAAUGAUUAAUUUUAUAAUUAAUUAAAUGUUUUUAACAUUAGCGGAUAGUAAUUCCAUUGACUAUUGAAAAAUUCUCGAAUCUUACUAUUUAUAUUGUAUUACUUUACUAAUCCAGGAAUAACAAUUUUUUAUAAAAGAGAAAUAUUACAUUGUAAUCGAAACGUUUAUGACAAUGAUUGAAUGUACUUUAUUAUGAAAUAUGAAAAAAAUAUGUUUGAUAUAAAAUGUAAUAAAGUUUCUUUAUUAAUCCUUA